AAGCCAACUGGUUUCUGGAGAUUUCAUGUGAGAAAAGGACGAACCCCGAACCCCUUCCUCUCUCACCUUGCGACUGUUUUUCUUUCUCUCGACAACCGUUUCCGACUUUUUUUAAUCGGAUAAUGUGGACCUUCAAAGCGCUCGGAGUAUGACAAGAGAUUUUAGGAUGCUAGACUUGUGCUGCUCGUUUUGUCUCUCUCUUUUUACUUUAAUGCCAGCACGGUGAAUGCGUCGGACAGAGUGGACAAGCCUGCUGCUGCUAGUUGUCCGCAUUCAGAAAGUCAACAUCUUGUCUUUCUUUAUAUUUUUUUCUCUCUGGAGCGACUUCAGAAGGAUGUAACGACCGAUCCACCUUGCACAGCUGAAGUCUCCUCAUCAAAAUGCAGAAAGGAAUACGACUUAAUGAUGGUCAUGUCACCUACCUGGGGCUUUUGGCAAAAAAGGAUGGUACAAGACGAGGGUGCUUGAGCAAAAAGAGCUCAGACAACACGAAAUGGCACUCAAAGUGGUUUGCUUUGUUACAGAAUAUGCUCUUUUAUUUUGAGAACGAGUCCAGCUCUCGACCCUCGGGAUUAUACCUGUUGGAGGGAUGCAUAUGCGACAGGGCGCCUUCACCGAAACCUUCGCUGUCAGCCAAGGAGUGUUUGGAAAAGCAGUACUAUUUCACUGUCAGCUUCACCCAUGAAAACCAGAAGGCGCUCGAGUUACGCACAGAAGAUGUAAAGGACUGCGAUGAAUGGGUGGCUGCAAUAUCACACGCCAGUUACAGAAACUUGGCCACCGAGCAUGAGACUCUCAUGCAGAAGUAUCUUCAUCUGCUUCAGAUUGUGGAGACGGAGAAAACAGUUGCUAAGCAACUUCGACAACAGAUAGAAGAUGGGGAAAUAGAGAUUGAAAGGCUUAAGUCAGAGAUCUCUGGGCUGCUCAAAGACAACGAGAAGAUUCACGCCAGCCCUGCAGCCACCCCAACUGAUGACGACUCAGAAAUCAAGAAGAUCAAAAAAGUCCAGAGCUUCCUGCGAGGCUGGAUCUGCAGGAGGAAGUGGAAGACAAUCAUUCAGGAUUACAUCCGCUCUCCACACGCAGAGAGCAUGAGGAAGAGGAACCAGGUGGUGUUCAGCAUGCUGGACUCGGAGGCCGAGUACGUCCAGCAGCUUCACAUCCUGGUGAACAACUUCCUGAGGCCGCUCCGCAUGGCAGCCAGCUCCAAGAAACCGCCCAUCACCCAUGAUGAUGUCAGCAGCAUAUUCCUCAACAGUGAAACUAUCAUGUUUCUACAUCAGAUAUUUUACCAGGGUCUAAAAGCCAGAAUAGCAAGCUGGCCAACAUUAGUGUUGGCGGACCUGUUUGACAUCCUGCUGCCCAUGCUGAACAUCUACCAGGAGUUUGUGAGGAACCACCAGUACAGCCUGCAGAUCCUGGCUCAUUGCAAGCAGAACCGAGACUUUGACAAGCUGCUGAAGCAGUACGAGGCCAAGCCCGACUGUGAGGAGAGGACUCUGGAGACUUUCCUCACCUACCCCAUGUUCCAGAUUCCCCGCUACAUUCUUACGCUCCACGAACUUCUGGCGCACACACCCCAUGAACAUAUAGAGAGAAACAGUCUGGACUACGCCAAAUCUAAGCUGGAGGAGCUUUCCAGAAUCAUGCACGAUGAAGUGAGCGAGACCGAAAACAUCAGGAAGAACCUGGCAAUAGAGCGCAUGAUCGUAGAGGGCUGCGAGAUUCUCCUCGACACCAGCCAGACGUUUGUAAGACAAGGGUCCCUCAUCCAGGUGCCGAUGAGCGAGAAGGGCAAGAUCACCCGUGGGCGACUGGGCUCUCUGUCUCUGAAGAAGGAGGGGGAGAGGCAGUGCUUUCUCUUCUCCAAGCAUUUAAUCAUCUGCACCAGGGGUUCUGGGGGAAAGCUUCAUCUCACCAAGAAUGGAGUAGUCUCACUUAUAGACUGCACUCUUAUGGAGGACCCUGAGGGGACAGACGAUGAGUCCAAAUCAGACAAGAGCGGUCAGGACAUGGAGCACCUGGACUUUAAGAUUGUCGUUGAGCCAAAGGACAGCCAGUCAUUCACAGUCAUCCUGGUGGCCUCCUCGAGGCAGGAGAAGUCUGCAUGGACCAGUGACAUCAGCCAGUGCAUAGACAACAUCCGCUGCAAUGGGCUGAUGAUGAACGCCUUUGAAGACAACUCUAAAGUCACAGUGCCACAGAUGAUCAAGUCGGAUUCAAGUCUGUACUGCGAUGAUGUGGACAUCCGCUUCAGUAAGAUGAUGAACUCCUGCAAGGUGCUCCAGAUCCGCUACGCCAGCGUCGAGCGCCUGCUGGAGAGACUGACCGACCUCCGUUUCCUCUCCAUCGAUUUCCUCAACACCUUCCUGCACUCCUAUCGCGUGUUCACCACCGCCGAUGUGGUGCUAGACAAACUCAUCACUAUCUACAAGAAGCCCAUCAGUGCCAUCCCUGCUCGGUCCCUGGAGUUAUUCUUUGCCAGUAGUCAGAACAGUAAACUCCUGUAUGGAGAGCCUCCCAGCUCCCCCCGGGCCAGCAGAAAGUUCUCCUCCCCUCCUCCUCUCGCUAUUGCAAAGAAUUCAUCCCCAAACCGCAGGCGCAAGCUCUCUCUCAACAUCCCCAUCAUCACUGGGGGCAAAGCUCUUGACCUGGCUGCCCUCAGCUGCUCCUCCAAUGGCUAUGCAAGCAUGUACUCAACCAUGUCCCCAUUCAGCAAGACCACCUUGGACAUCAACAAACUGUACGUGUCCAGCCCUAUCACAAGCAAAAUCCCUGAUGAGGGAGAAGAUAAGAAGGACAAGGUGGAGGACACCACAGUGUCCAAGCAAGAUCUCUCCGUACGAGAAGAAAGCGACAAUGAUCAAAACCAGAGUGAUGACGGGGACCCAGAAGCCUCUCCUACCAAGUCACCAACCACUCCAAAAAACAUCAAAUCGAAAAACUCCUCAGAGUUCUCCCUGUUUUCCUACAACAAUGGCAUGGUGAUGUCCUCGUGUCGAGAGCUGGAUAACAACCGCAGUGCCCUGUCUGCUGCCUCAGCUUUUGCUAUUGCUACAGCUGGAGCCAAUGAGGGAACACCUACCAAGGAAAAAUAUCGGAGGAUGUCCCUCGCCAGCACUGGCUUCCCAACAGAUCAGAGAAAUGGAGACAAAGAGUUUGUGAUCAGACGGGCAGCGACCAACAGAGUUCUCAAUGUCCUGAGGCACUGGGUGUCCAAACAUUCUCAGGACUUUGAGAGUAACAAUGAGCUGAAGACAAAAGUCAUUGUCUUCCUUGAGGAAGUGAUGCAUGACCCUGAGCUGCUGACCCAGGAGAGGAAAGCAGCAGCCAACAUCAUCAGGACUCUAACUCAGGAAGAUCAUGGUGACAAUCAGAUCACCCUUGAAGACGUAACACCUCUGGUGGAAGGAGGGAAGGCCGACCCCUUUGAGAGCCAUUCUGCAUUGGAGAUCGCAGAGCAGCUCACUCUGCUGGACCACCUGGUGUUUAAGGUCAUCCCAUAUGCGGAAUUCUUUGGACAAGGCUGGAUGAAGAAUGACAAAAAUGAGAAGACGCCGUACAUCAUGAGAACAACAAAGCACUUCAAUGAUAUAAGCAACCUUAUUGCCACAGAGAUCCUGCGUUGUGAGGACGUGGUCACUCGAGUAGUGGUCAUAGAAAAAUGGGUGGCUGUAGCCGACAUCUGUCGCUGUCUCCACAACUACAACGCCGUGCUCGAGAUCACCUCCUCCCUCAACCGCAGCUCUGUCUUCCGCCUCAAGAAGACCUGGCUCAAGGUUUCCAAGCAGACAAAAGCAUUGAUUGACAAGCUGCAGAAGCUAGUCUCAUCAGAGGGGAGGUUCAAAAACCUGAGAGAGGCUUUGAAGAACUGUGAUCCUCCCUGUGUGCCGUAUCUGGGGAUGUACCUCACUGACCUGGCUUUCAUUGAGGAGGGAACGCCCAACUACACUGAAGACAACUUGGUCAACUUCUCGAAAAUGAGAAUGAUUUCUCACAUCAUCAGAGAAAUCAGGCAGUUUCAGCAAACAGCAUACAAGAUUGAACUGCAACCAAAGGUAGCCCAGUAUCUACUGGAUAACAGCUUUGUUCUGGAUGAAGAAAGCCUGUACGAAGCCUCACUCAGAAUUGAGCCUAAAGUGCCCAACUGAUGGGGAUGUUGGCCCUCCACAUAUUUUUUCUGUUAAUAUUACACAUCAGUUAACAUACACAUCGAUUUUUGUAUAAUUGUACAUGUUAAAGAUAUUUGCUCUUCUGUACAGUAGGUUUAAGGUUGUUUGACGACACAAAACCUUUCAGUGUUUAUUUUUGUUUUUUUACCGUUGCCAUGACACCACCUGCUUUAAGGAUUUUUUUAUUUUUUAUUUCUCUCUUCAAGCAUAAUAACAGAGGUCACUUUGGUCUUCUUAGUGACCAAUGACAUUAUUUUGCAGCAUCUCAUACUGUGUCGACCUUGCACUUUCUGAGCACUUGUGCUGCUGGCCGUUGUUUGAGUUUUCGAUGACUGAGUUUCUCUGCAACCAAUGUAGCAUUGUAAAAACAACUGCAUCAAAUCAGGUAAAAGAGCACAGAGAAUAUAACUGUAUUUAAAUGUAGAGAGGAGAUGACAGUGAGGUAUCCAAAGUGUUACUGUCUCUGUGCUUCCCAAACCAAAACAAGAGGGAUUUGUUUCUUCAUUUCUGCUCACUAUUUUAAAGUCAGGGGUUCCCAAUCGUUUUUUGCACUGCGGAUAGUUUUUAUAUUGACAAUGCCAUUGUGGACUUGCCAAAUUGGAUAGACCAGGGAUGAAAACUAAACAGAAAACAAAGCUACUAAUGCUGAAUGAAUGCUCAAUGUGCUGAUGAUGGACCGGUUACCUCACAUACUCAUAAACUAAGAGUCUAUACCGCCAUGCCAACAGCUCUGUGGGGCUUUACUUAGGUACAGCAGUGCCAAAAACGUGCCAAAUGCUAACAUCAGCAUGCAACCAUGAAUAUUUGUACCAAAUUUCAAUGCAUUCCAUCCAAUAGUUAUUUAGAUAUUUCAGUCUGGUUCAAAGUGGUGGACUGAUUGUUCGACAGACCAGCAUUGUCAUCUCUAGAGCCACGCUGCUAGCAUAUGGCUAGUAAUAUAUUGUUGUUGGAACGUGACAGGAGAUGAUGAAAAAUGCAUUAUUUUCUAAUUAUUCAGGUAUUCUUGAAGAAUUAAAAGUACAGUAUAUUCGUUGCCUGGUAGCAAAUUUCUAAGGGCCAAUAACGGUCCAGAGGAGUUGGGAACCUCUGCUCUAAGACUGAAAAAGGUUUAAGUGUCAUUUUAUUUGUCACAAAGUGAUACUCUUCUUUCAUAGCCUGUUGUCACAUAAGGUGCUAAAACUCACCUUGGACAGAUACAGUUUCUUUUAUCUAAUCAGUUAUAAUCUGUGUAACAACACAGUGAUAAAGAAGGGUUAUAUCUCUUUAGAUUGCUGUGAUUUAAGGUGAAAGCUUAGUCAUACGAAUUUACCGUUAAAAUAGAAUGGUAGCCUACAGAGAGUUUUCCCUAUGUUCAAACUCCAUGUUUUUUUUUUUAAGUUUAAGUUCCAAAAAAAAGAUCACAUGCGGUGGAGAGUGUUGUACCUUCAGGCCCGGCGAUACUUCUGUAGAGUAAAAGGUUGUUGCUCUUCUGUAAUUAAAAGACAAUCUGUCCUUUUUGCUGUUCCAGUGAUUGUGGAACGUGACUGUAUAUCACUCUGUUAUAUGCAUUGCUGUUUAAAACUAUGAUAAAACGUAUGUGAAUGACCUCUGCCUGCAGCAUUCAAACACUAUUUUUGUAGUAGUAUAAGAGAGAGUGACCUGCUCUUUAUAUGAACAUGGGAAAGUAUUUUGUACUUUGUUGUUAAUUCACCUCACUGAGAUGUGCUGUACAUUUUGUACAUGCAACCCUGCUUUUUUUUCUCAAUGUGUGAAACACAGUGUAAUCCUUUCACAAAAAAAAAGAACAGUUGUAUCUCAAGCUUAAACACAAAACGCAACAGUGUGGUUCUAAAACCAUGACUUAGAGGUAGGAGACAACUUGAAAGUGUUUUGCAUUUAUACUGUAAUCCUGUCUAUAACCAUUUCUGUUAGCAGGAAUAUAGUAACGUAGUGCUUAUUCUGUGAAUAUUUGUAUGUAUUUUUACUAUGUAUGUACAGUACACUUUUGAAGCUCAUAUGGCAGGCAUGCAACACCUUCACAGACAGAAUAAUACUAUAUACUUAUACUGUAUACACUUAUACAUGCACAUACUCUUAUAAGGUAUAUAAACAAAUAAACAUUUGCUGUUAGCAAUACCCAGUGGUAUGAAAAUUAUCUUUCAACCCUCAUGUUUCCACACCUUAAGAUCUAUUCCCAGUUUUGUAAGAAAAAAAAUGAAAAGAUGACGAUGAUGAUGAUGAUGAUGAUGACGAUGAUAACAACAAAUUAACAAAAAUAUGUUUCCCAGUUACCUCUUGCUAAUAAAUAAAUUUUUUAUCAGG